AUGAUUUCAAAACAAUGGUUACUCCAUCAUAUUUCCAUAGAUAAUAAGUACCUUUUGUGUCUCUUCAUUUCCAAACCUCCAGCAUCUCCAAGUACCUCCCACUUUGGCCAUGUGGAGCUGACAGUCAUAGUCACCAUUCCAAUCUGUGUCCUGUCAUUAGCCAUAAUCCUCACGGUCUACACCUGUCAGAGGCGGUACGGCACCUACAGAAAGACAAGGCGCCAAUGUAUUGAGGAGCCCCUCACUGACUGUAACUUGGAUACUGAUGGGAAAUGCUUGAAGGAUCUCAUCUAUGAUAUGACUACAUCAGGAUCUGGUUCUGGGUUGCCUCUGCUUGUCCAGAGGACCAUUGCAAGGACAGUUAUCAUCCAAGAGUUAGUUGGCAAAGGCCGUUUUGGGGAAGUUUGGAGAGGAAAGUGGUGUGGAGAGGACGUCGCUGUGAAAAUCUUCUCCUCUCGAGAUGAAAGAUCCUGGUUUCGGGAAGCAGAGGUCUACCAGACGGUUAUGUUAAGACAUGAAAAUGUUCUUGGCUUUAUAGCAGCUGACAAUAAAGAUAAUGGCACAUGGACUCAGCUGUGGCUGAUAUCGGAGUACCAUGAACAAGGCUCCUUGUAUGAUUAUCUUAACCGGACAACAGUAACCAUUGGUGGAGUAAUGAAAAUGGCGUUAUCCAUUGUCAGUGGGCUGGCUCACCUUCACAUGGAAAUAGUUGGUACUAGAGGCAAACCAGCCAUUGCACAUCGGGAUCUCAAGUCUAAGAAUAUUUUAGUAAAGAAGAAUGAUACGUGCGCCAUUGCAGAUCUGGGGCUGGCUGUAAAACACGACUCAAUAACUAACACCAUAGACAUUCCACAAAAUCCAAGAGUCGGGACAAAAAGGUACAUGGCCCCAGAAUUAUUGGACGAUUCUAUAAAUAUGUAUCAUUUUGAGUCAUUCAAAUGUGCAGACAUCUACUCCCUGGGCCUUGUGUACUGGGAAAUUGCCAGGAGAUGCUCUGUAGGCGGUGUUGUGGAUGAAUACCAAUUGCCUUACUAUGAUAUGGUGCCUUCUGAUCCAUCAUUGGAGGACAUGAGAAAGGUUGUUUGUGAGCAGAAACUUCGACCCAACAUUCCAAACCAAUGGCAAAGCUUUGAGGCCCUUCGCCUGAUGGGGAGGAUAAUGCGUGAGUGUUGGUACGCCAAUGGCAAAGCUCGUUUGACAGCCCUACGUAUAAAGAAGACCCUCUCUCAGCUGUGUGUAGAUGAAGACUUUAAGCUGUAA